AAGCCAGAAAGUGAAUUGUCUGAAAAAGAAACAUGUAUCACUGCCAGUUUAUCGCAUUCAGAACCUACAAACGAAAACAGCAAUCUUUUUCAUAGAUGCAGAGAAGACCUGCAUUGUGAAUAUGAAAAGAAACAUAAACGAGAAUUAGAAUAUAAUGAGAAAAAGGACGAAAGCAGAGAAAUAGAAAGGAACGAAAAAGGUAAACCAAACGAAAGGCGUUUAACUUCAGAUGAGGAAGAAGACAACUUGGAAUCGACUCUACAAAGGGUUGAAGUGAAUGAAGAUUGUACGUUCGUCUUGGAUUUAGAUGGUCAGAAGGGGACAAAUAUCACGAGUAGCGUUAAUGAAGUAAGUAACCCAGAAAAUGACUAUCAUAAAAUGAACAACAGUUUAACUUUGGAGCAACCACAAAACUUUCAAGAAAGAAUUGGAACCAGGAAUUAUAAAGAAAGUCAUGAAGAGAGUGAUAAACGUAACUCAAAUAAAGACACUUUAUCUGAAAAUGAAAGGGAAGAAAAGUUUAACCUUCAACAACAAAACAACCACGGGGGUACUACGAAACCAAUCAACACGAUCAAAUCAGAUAUAAAACAAAAAUUAGAUGAAAACAUUUUACCCGUUAUUGAAAGUUAUGAUUCGAAUAUGAAUUUAUCAAGAAUCAUUUUGAUUGGAAAGACUGGUGUUGGAAAGAGUGAAACUGGAAACACUAUUCUUGGACAAAGAAAAUUCGAAACAGCGGCAGGAUUUAAAUCCUGUACAGCAACCUCUAAAAAAGAAAUUAAUGUAAUAAAUUGCCAAAUUUUAGAGGUAAUAGAUACACCUGGUUUAUAUGACACUUCACAAUCAGAGGAAAUGGUCAAGGAUGAAAUUGCUAAAUGUUUAGAAAUGGUGUCACCAGGACCGCAUGUAUUCCUGGUCAUCUUGACAGUGGGAAGGAUUACGGAACAAGAAAAAUACACCUUGAAAUACAUGACAGAUCUGUUCGGAGGUCCAGACUUCUUGAAACACACCAUAAUCGUUAUAACCCGCAAGGAGGAACUUAACCCCGAGUAUGACUCAGAUAACGACGACGAAGAUUUCGAUGUUUCAGAGGAGCUUGCUGAGUUUGUAGGAGAUUCUGAGGACCUGAAGAGAAUGGUGGAGCAAUGUCAAGGCAGGUGUGUGGCUAUAUCUAAUGCUGGCGACAUUAAAGGAUACAGACGAAGAGGAGACGCUGAAAAACUUAUCCAAUCUAUCAACCAGCUGAUAGAGGAAAAUGAAGGAUUGUGGUACAGUAAUGCACUGUUUGAGGCGUUGGAAAAGGACAAAGAAGAUCGAAUGAGGAAAGCAGAAAUCGAAAGACAAAAUGCAAUCCAAGAUAAACAGAGGCGUGAGGAUGAACGAAAACGAGAAAUAAAAAGACGAGAGAAAAAUAUUGAAAAAUUGGAGAAAGAUAUACAAAAGGAAGAGGAGAAAUUAGAAAAAGAACAAUCUAGAUCGGGGGAAUCUCUUGAAAAAUUAAGGGAGGAGCUGGAAGAAUUUAUUGCAGAAAAUGAAGAGCGGGAACACGAUAGGGAGGAAAGUAUAAGAAAAGAGAAGAAGCGUUUAAAGGAUCUACAAAAAGAAAACGACGAUUUAUGUUCUCAAUUAGAUAGUAUAGAUUGGACAAUUUCCAAUUCAAAGAAAAAUAAUACAAUAUGUGCCAUUAUAGAAAGAAUAGCAGUGUCAACGUUCUGCUAUGGAAAACCCAAAAAAUAUGUCCGAUCAAGAAGUAAAAUAGGAGAGGCACGAUGGCACUAUAUAUUAACUGAAGUUCAACGAAAAGGAAAGAAACAAAAUAUGGAAUAUCUAAUGAAUAAAGAGAAACCUACAGUGCCUCAGUGCGUGUAUCAAGAACAAAGAGAUGGAGAGGAACCAAAUUUUAAAAACGGGAAAGACUCAAAUGAUUUGAGCAAAAGCUUUGAUGAAAGUGGAAUUAUGGUACAUUGUGCAAACAUCCCCGCACAAGUUAAAGAAAAUGUACCAGAAAACAACGUUCUACAGGAAAGUUUUAAUGAUAUCCAAAUAAAAGAGACCAGCACGCAUGAAGAAAUAUCUCUCAGCAAUACCAGAACAAAAGAGUUACAUGAAACAAGAAAUCUGAAAGAUGAGGAGGAGCAAACAUAUGCAGAAAAAAUGGUACACAGAGGAGAAGAUAUUCGGGUUGAUUGUCUGACAAAAGGUAGAUGGACACAAGAUGUAGUCGAUGCUUCUUCUGACAUAGAUUUACGCAUUAACUCUGAUGGUAAUAUUCAAGUUAAAAAUAAUCCUUCUGUAUUAUCCAGCUGUAAUAUGAAAUCUGUGGAGUAUCUGAACACUUUUGCUGAGGGUGAAAAAGAGAGAAAUGAACUAAAGGAUUGUGACGAAGAAUCGAACAAAAAUAAAUCACAGAAUACUGUAACAGAAAAUUAUGAAAAUAACUUCAAUAAAUUACUUGAUAAAAGUGAAUACCCUCCUUUAGCAGCCAAUAGUAGUAACCAUACAGGUUCUGAAGGGAACUAUGUAGAAACCAACAGAAAAAGUGAGAUCGAAGGGAAUUCUGAACAUGAUAAAUUCCCUCAAUUAUCGAAAAUGGCUUUCCCUAUACCACCAGAUUUGAAUAAUACAUCAACUGGAGAGAAUGUAGGGGCCGAUAAGGUACUCAUCACUACAAGAGAUGAAACUUUCGAGAAAGCCGAUGAAGACCAUAGUCAAUAUUUUAAGCGUAAAGCACUUCGCAUUGUUUUGAUUGGCCAGACGGGUGCUGGGAAAAGUGAAACUGGAAACACCAUAAUAGGUGCUAAAAAGUUUAAAUCAUCGUCGUCUUCAAAGUCGUGUACAGAAGUCUGCCAAAGAGAGGUCGUAGUCAGAGAAGAUAUGAUUCUAGAGGUUCUUGAUACCCCGGGUCUCUUUGACACACAUAAACCAGCCGAGGAGCUGAGGAAAGAAUUUUUAAAAUGUAUGGUUAUGAUGAAUCCUGGUCCUCACGCAUUCCUUUUUAUUCUAAAGAUUGGUCGUAUCACCGAACAAGAGAAAAAGACAUUAAAAUAUCUCAAAGAAAUCUUUGGUGGUGAUCAUUUUCUUAAGCACACUAUUAUCGUCAUUACUAGAAAAGAUGAUUUACAACAAUUCGAUUCGAGCACAAAAACGACCGAAGAAGAAAUUGAUGAUCAUUUUAAAGCCAUUCUUGAAAACUCGCCAGAUCUUUACGUUAUGGUUUCACAGUGUGAAAACAGAUACUUUUUAAUUUCAAAUAAAGGAAAAGUAGAUGGACAAAAGCGCCAAACACAAUCUGAUAAACUCUUAUCACUUAUAAAGAAAAUGACAGUCGAAAAUGGAGACACCUUUUAUUGUUAUAAAUACUUCUUAGAAGUCGAGGAAGAAAGGAAGCUGAAAUUGAGGAGAGAGGCUCAGAGGAAGGAAGAAGAAAGAAAGUUAGAAAAAGAUAGAGAACAAAAGGAGAAACUGGAAAAAAUCAAGGAACAAGAGCUUCAACUAAAGCUGGAAAAGCUCGAAGUGGAACGGGAGAGAGAAAGAAGAAGAGCAGCCAGGGAAAUGGAAAGAUUGGAAUCUCAAUUGAGAGAGGAGAGAGCCAAACAAAAACGCGAAGAACAAAGACGGAAACAGAGGGAACAAGAAAGACGGUUAGAAGAAUUAGAGGAGGAGAGGGAACGCCAAGAACGUCGUAGAGAACGGCUGCGCCGGCAGGCGGAGUAUCGUCGGGAACAACUAUCCACACAGUCCAAUGGAUGGGGCUGCACUGUUAUGUAG